UGCACAUUGCGUUAGAACGUCAGUAUACGUACAGUUCAAACACACAGCUACUACAGUGAUUCAACAGUCAUGCCUAGAUCUAUGUCUAAUUUGGUAUGGUUGUCCAUGGUUCUUUGUCUGACCAUAGCUUUGGCAGACACUUCGUUCAAACAUUCUAAACGAAGUUGGACUGCUGAAGAUUUGACUAAACCAAGUUUUAAGAGGCCAAUUGGAUUCUCAUCAAAGAAGGCUAAUGCCACUUCUCCAAACUGGAAAGAUGCAUUGCCAGUGUUACACGGAGGUUUUCCCUUUGGCAAGAGGGUCAUUGCGGAUGAAUUUAACGAUUUUCAAGAUAAUAAUGAGAAGGAACUUCGUUAUUCUACACAUAACAUCAAAAAGAAAUCCUAGUCUAACUAGUUUUAUGAUGGGCAAAAGAGAUCCACGGUUUUCUGAUUUUAUGAUGGGCAAACGGGAUCCACGUUUUUCUGAUUUUAUGAUGGGCAAACGAGAUCCACGUUUUUCUGAUUUCAUAAUGGGCAAACGGGAUCCCCGCUUUUCUGAUUUUAUGAUGGGCAAACGGGAUCCACGCUUUUCUGAUUUUAUGAUGGGCAAACGGGAUUCACGCUUGAGUGAUUUUAUGCUUGGUAAAAGAGAUCCGCGCUUCAGUGAUUUCAUCAUGGGCAAACGAGAUCCACGCUUGAGUGAAUUUAUGUUGGGCAAACGGGACGCACGUAUAACUGACUUUAUGUUAGGCAAACGAGAUGCGCGUUUAAGUGAUUUUAUGAUGGGCAGGCGAGAAUUAGGGUUUGAUGAAGAUGAGAAUGGAAGGCAAACUGGACACAAUUAUUUUCAGAACGAAGUAGACCACCAGUCUGAUCGUUAUGUUCUGCAUGGUGGAGAUCUAGAGACGAUAGAAGGAAGCAGAGGUAAUGUGGUUUAUGAUGACACUGAUAUUCCUAAUCAAGCUGAAGCUGCAGAGUUCCAAGAACUUGAAUCUAGUUCAAGUCUAAAGCGUGGUAGCGGCAAAGGCAAGCUCCAUCGUCCACAGUUUACAGGAACAGGUAAAACGCCCUCUCAGCUUUGGAGUAACCUGGGGUCUGGAAAAAGAUCAUCCUCGGUAGAUUAUGAAGAUGAAGACGAGAAUGUAAUAACUGAAAUCAAACGUUCUGCAGACCCAAAUCCGAAGACAUCAGUGCGAAGGUUCCCCCCUGCAGCUCUUCAUAAAGGGUUGUAUUUCGGCAAAAGAGCAGCAAACUGGGCAGAUAUCUAACAGCAAAAUUCCAAUGAAUUUUUAUUCCCAGCCAGUUGUUUUACAUCGUUUUCUCAAUUAGACGACAAACGUGCCUUGCUAGCAUAAUUCUAGAUCACUAAAAAUUGGGCUAAAAUAACACCAGCGCCUAAGCCAAGAUUAGGGCUACAGAUGCUUUAAUGAUUAUAAACCAGAAUUUUAGUAGAUAAGAAUUUAACUUUUUGAAUUAGGCCUAUCUGUAAUACAUCUUUAAAGUUAUGAUUGCCUCCACUGUUAUUAUACCACCAACUGGCAAAUAACUUAAAUUCAAUAUAAUAUUUAUUUAGCAAAUUAAAACCUAUAGGCCUAUCGUAAUUAAUUUCAUCAUAAUUAAUUUUGAGUAAUGCACAGUUUUUUUUAAGAACAAAUAUUAUCUAUUAAUAUCGUUAUUUAUUAUAGUUCCAGUUGUUCAGAGGUCUGCAGUACAAUAUUUUCCUCGAUUAUCAGAAACUGGAUUAGAUAAACAUAAGCCUGAGGGUAAAACUGAAUAUGUUUGCUACAAUAUGAAUAUAAGUGUCAGAAAAGAACAGAAUAAAUACCAAUAACGGAUACUAAUCUAAAAAAAACGGAGAACAAAUUUACUCUCUGUCAUUGGAGAAAGCUAAAUUUCAUUGAGAUGUGUAAAGUUGAAUUGUAGUUUGCAGUCUGGAUUUAGCGUCUGUUCCGUCCAGAGAAAAACUUCAAUAGGCAUAAUUCUUGAAUAAUUCAUCUUAAAAUUAUGCCAUAAUAAUCAUGUAAAAUAAUAAAA